AUGGCCGAAGUGUCUGGCCAGAGGUUGCAGUGGCAAACAAUAAUCAAGCCACUGCUCGACGCCUCUUAUUCUUCCUUCAACAAAAAUGAUAUUCCAGAUUUGACAAAAGCAAUUAUUAAAAGUGAAAAAGAAAUAUUAAAUCAUGAUGAUGACUAUGAGCCAUUUUAUUCGUCUUUUAUGGCGCUUUCAGGCCAUUUUCUUGGUGCCAGUACCAAUAAUUUGUCCAAAUCCCACAUCAGUCCUGUCACCAUGGCGUCGAAAGUUGUCAUGGAAUUUUUACUAUCCCGAUUACAGACCAAAUCAGAAAGUUGUACUAUUUCACAGAAAUAUUUGAUGAUACUUAUAAAAGGAUUGUGUAAAGGAACUGGAUGUUUACCAAAAUCAGACAUAGUUACCUUUACCUCCAUGUUAAAAUCAGCUAAAACUCCUACCCUUACUACAAACAUCACAAAAGAAGCUGAGGACAGUGGAUCAAAAGAGACUAAAAAACCCAGACUAGACAAGGGAAGUAACCUAUUCAAUCAACUGACGUCAGUCUUUGAUGAAGUAGCUUGCAUAUCCCACAAGCCAGACCCACCAGCCGUGAACGUCGACGGCAACACCAUAAUUCACAAGAACGAUACUUCCGAAGAAAUCGGUGAUUUGAUUGGAGAAAGAAACAGAGCUGCUCUGCUUCAGCUGAAUGGUGCAGAGACCUUGCUCAAUGCAUGUACAGACUUGGUAUUCCUUGGCAAAUACAUACAGAGAUAUAAGGACGCCAGUGAGGGAAAGAGUUUUUAUAUGCCUGCUACGUUAUGUGAGGCUUUAACUACCAGAAACAGUUAUAUAUGUUUAUUGAGUGAUAUAUCAAUAGUAUGGAGAGCCUUCUCUCUACCGAUGUUAGAACCAUUGACUAAUGAACGACUAGGUAAAAUAGUCACAGUAACUCUAGGCUGUCUGUAUGCUAGUAUGACGGUAGCUGUGUCUAAUACUAUUAAUAACAUGGUGAAGCCUGUAGCUAACCAACCAGCUGCUUCAAGAGAUGAAGAAAUAGAAGGAUAUGGUAUCAGUAUUGUACAGAAAUCGCUGGAAAUAUUAAGUACUGUUUCAAAUACUAUCAAAAACUCUACAAGAGCCGGAGGAAACGUGGCCCAGAAUUUAAACCUGCUAUCCUCCUGGGUGUUAUUAAAAGGAUUUCAAGGAUUAUUAAGUUUAACCCCAGCUAUUAUACUGGAAAGAAAAGAUUCCAAGGGCAAGACUCAAGACAGUGGAGCCAAGACUGAAAAACCUUCACAACAGAGUAGACCCAGCUCUGGUAAAAGCACAUUCCAAGGAUUUGGUGUACUAUCAGUAGCUCUAGGAACAACUCUAGCUAAUUUAUUAACCAGUUUAUUGGAAGAUCUUCAAGUAGAAGGAUCACCAGCUCCAAUUGAGAUGUCAAGUCGAGUAGUGAAAGAAGGAAUGGAAAUAGCUAUAACAAUGCCACUCAAUGCCUGGAAACGUGUUCGUAAAUUAACAGCUACCAUUAACAUCAUAGACUUGUUAUUCAGUCUAGUAGCAGUCUCACUUAGAAAGGCUACUCUAUUAAAGAGAUUAAAACAAGGCAGUGAUAACUCGGAGACUAGUACCAGUAGUAGUUCUGAUUCUAAUACAUUCUAUGAGGAUGAAUUUAGCAGUGAAGAGGACAGCAGUGAGGAUGAUGAGGCAGAUUCCAUCCUGGGUCAGUUAUUUCAAGAGACACCCCCAGCAGAGACCACGCCCUCUAAUCCACCACCCACCAUACCAGCUAGGGUAGAGAAUGGGUCGGACAGUAAACGAUCUAGACGUGUCAGUACAGGAGACAGCUCAUAUCUUAUUCCUGAUAAAAGAGAACCUGAUGGGUUUGUAAGUCUAGCUACCAGUAUACUAAACUUCAGUAAUACUUAUCUUAUUAACUCUUCUGAUAUUCAAGUUAGAAAAUUGUUCAAAAAAUCACUGAAUGAAGAACAUGCAGUUAGUUUAGCCACAUUGAUAAAAGAAUUAGAUAGAGAAUGUACCAAAACAGGCAGUGAUAAAGUAUUUGAUGGGAUUUCUGUAGCUCUAGCCAAGUUUAACCAUAGUCUAAUAGCUACUGAAUGUCUUUCUGAGGCUUUACAGUCCAUCAUCAGCCGACCCCUGGCCCUUGUUGGUGUACCCCCGAACCUUGCCGUACUGGCGGAGAUUCUGCUGUUGAAGCAGCAGAAGGAACGUGAACAGGAACUACCCACUACCAACUGUGACAAGGCUGUGAUCGAGGUGUGGACCAGGUUUUUGAUGACACUGAAGAACUCUAUUUGUAAUUUUGAUAACAAGAGUGAACAAUUUGAAGAUUUAAAUGUGGAACAUAUUCAGCUUCUACUGUUCUUGUUUCACAGUUUACCAUUGAUGCAGAAAAAACAACUGUUACUAAAUUUAGCUCAAACUGUCAUCACUGUAGCCAAGAAAGAUAAAGUUAAACUAGAAGAAAGCGUACCUCUACCAUUAAGUAGACUGAUGUUAAUAUUUGAGUAUAUGUUACAUUACUUCUAUGACCCACCAACAUCACUUAUUGAAAAGGUACAAUGGAACUUGUUCACUGUAUACACCAUUCCACCUGGACAAGAUCGUGAAAGUUAUAACCUCUCUAAAUCAACUCAAUUCUUCCCCUGUCGUGAAGUAGAGGACAAUUUCCGUAAAAACCUCACACCUCAAGAACAGCAUGAAGUGGGAGUAUUAAAACCAAGGUUCUAUAACCUAGGACCAGGAGAUAUAAAUAAUCAAGAAGCACCUAAAAUUGAUGGUUUUGCCUGCAGUUUCCUGAUCAGCAAUCCAGAUGUGUUAGACUAUAAUCAACUAUAUGAUUCCUGUAUUGCCCUGUUAUUAGCAGGCUCUAGAUGUGAUAAAGCCAAAGAGAAGUUAACUCUAUUGGAUGCUUCAGCCAUGCAUUAUCAUUUCUUACUGAUGUGGAGACUAUUGUCCUGUCUACCUCCCUCAAUAGAGUAUAUGAAAAUAUUAAAAGAAGGUACCCUACAACUGGGCAAUGGUCAUAUUCUACACAACCUCAGAUGGGCACCACGACUUGGACACAAAAACUUCACUACAUGGAUCACAGAUUGUAUCGUGAAACAAGGAAUGACCACCAGUCUAUCAGAGAGUCUCCUGUCUAUCUCCAACAAGACAUCUAAUAACAUGACCUAUGAUAUCAAAUUAGGAAUGAGCUUCAUCAAAGAACAGUUGAAGUCGCUACCAGAAGUUGAUAAGAAAGAUAUAUUAACUCCCAGUCAGCUACCAGGCCUGUCUUCUAUACUCAUGUUAGAUGCUGUUAUAGCCAAGAUACAGGUUGCUCUAGAUACUGCUUUUAAUAAGUCUGAAAGUGAUCUACAUAGAGUAAUGGAUUCAGCCCAAGAUUUGAUACCAGCUACCUUUAAACUAAUAGAGGCUUACUAUGUUUAUGUCAGAUCGUGUGUACUGGAUGAAAUUGCUGGAGUAGACUCAGCUAACCUGACACCUAAUAAACUGAAUGCGUUUGGUACAGUGAUGAGUAUAGGUUCCAGCAGAAACUCUAAAGUUCUGGCUCUCGGUACCAGUAUAAUGGGCAUGUUACCUAGUCCAGUUAGAACUACUCUAGAUAAAUGGAAUAACAACAGUAAUAAUGAAUUUCCUGCCAUGCAAUCUUGGAGAAAUACCACUAUGUUUGGAAAUGACAUACUGCCCUGUGAGAGUUAUAUGGAUGCUAUUCACAGUGCUCAUAUGGUCUCUUUAUCAGGUCAAGCCAGUUUCUGUAUUAAUGCAUCUUUAAGACAUUUGCUACAAUCUUUAGUUAGAUUUGCUAAUGAUUUAGUCGAAUGGUGUCCAGACAGUGCUAGUAGUAGAGAACUAGUAAGAGUUAUGUUCCCUUUACUGUACGAUGCCACUACUGAAUACCUAGCUGAUAUGGUGUCAUUCUCUCUGGAGAAGUUCCUAGGUCCAGUUGAAGAAGAGAAGUUUGGAUUAAAUAUGUAUCAACAUGUAGUGGUUGUCUGUCAUCAAUUGAUAGAAAAUUUUUCUGACUCGGAUAGUGGAUUAGAUGAGAACAUUCUACAUGAAUGUAUCAAGUUUAUGGAAAGCCAUGUAGAGAAAGCACCUUGUAAAAACGCCAUUAGUAUGUGUUAUACCACAACUUCAGAUUUGACCAAUGUAUUGUUGACAGUGGCUAGAGACAAUCUCUCUCCCCAAUUUACCACAGAAGUCUUGAAAUUUGUCAACAAAAUAUUUAAACUGGCUGAGAGAUAUCCUAGUGAUAAAUGUUAUCAAGGUCUGAGUAGCUGUAUAUUUAAACUAGCCUCAGUUGAUCAUACAGUACUCAACUCUCUACUUAAAAAACUCUUUACCAAUCCAACCAAUCAGGAUUCAUAUGAUGAUGCUAGUAUUACAGAAAAUAGACAGCUCUUUCAAACACUGGCUACAUAUCUUGUUAAAGACAAAAGAAAUGCCAGUGAAAAUGUAGCAGGGACAUUGUUGACCUGUCUUCUACCAUUGGGAGAGUCUUUACUCAACAAACCAGACAGACUGGGAGCCUUCUCUAGUCUAAUGACAGUCCUACAAACACUGGCUGGGGCAGGACAAGGUGAAGGUCAUCUACAGUUGUUUAAAGCUGCCACAAAAUGGCUGGAAUCAUGUAAAAUAUAUUUAUCAAAGAAAGAUGUCCUUGAAAAAGUCUUAAAGAAUGAAGCCUCAGAAAAGGGUAUACUAGACACUGUAUGCUGUAUUUUAACCUACAUUGGUGAAAUAUUGACAGCUUUGAAACGAUCUACUGACAGAAUUGGAGCGACCACACCACCAAUUGAUAGAGACCUGACCUUAAUACAGGAACGUGAAACAGAUUGGGAUGAUGAUUUGAUACAAGAUGAUAAUGAAUCAGCUGGAGAAGACUCUGAUGAAGAAACUCUGAAUAAUAAACUCUGUACCUUUACUGUAACACAGAAAGAAUUCAUGAACCAACAUUGGUAUCAUUGUCACACCUGUAAAAUGGUAGAUGGAGUAGGAGUAUGUACUAUCUGUGCUAGAGUCUGCCAUAAAGACCAUGAUCUAACCUAUGCUAAAUUUGGUUCCUUUUUCUGCGAUUGUGGUGCUAAAGAUGAUGGUUCCUGCAAGGCAUUAGUGAAAAGAACACAUCAAAGUGGUCUGGACCAUCCAUCUAACAUAGCCACACAGUCGCCUUUCUCAAUGGAGACCUUACAUCCUAGCCUACUGAGACGCCGGCUGUCUUCACCAAACCCGGAUAAUAAAACUGACGAGAAUAAGAGAGUAGAAGAGGAUGACAAGAUCAGAGAAAUUCUUUGUCAGAAAAUAGAAUCCUUUAGAGAUGAUCUGUUGAAUCAUUUGGAUACAUCCAACACAGUCCACUCAGUGUUAGAAAUGUUAGAGAAGAUCCUACCACCAUUGAUGGAGAACUACCAAGAUGUUUCCCCAAUAGGUAGUACUGCCAGGGCCCAGAAAGCCUUACAGAAUCUACAUGAGUUAGCUAGUAAAACUGUCAAUACGACUGACCAACUUAUGACUGUGACUCUAGGGUCUCAAGAAGGAGCCUUUGAGAAUGUUCGUAUGAACUACAGUGGAGAUCAAGGGCAGACAAUCAGACAACUGAUUACGGCUCACAUGUUAAGACGUGUGGCUAUGUGUGUCUUGUCCUCACCACAUGGAAAACGCCAACAUUUAGCUGUGAGCCACGAGAAGGGAAAGAUCACCAUACUUCAGCUUUCUGCUCUCCUGAAACAAGCUGACUCCAGCAAGAAGAAACUGACUUUGACAAGACUUUAUUCAGCACCCAUACCCUUCACAGUCCUGUCUAUAACAGGUAAUCCUUGUAAUGAAGAUUUUCUAGCUGUCUGUGGACUCAAGGAUUGUCAUGUAUUGACUUUUACUGGUAUUGGUACAGUAGGAGACCACCUGGUUCUUCAUCCUUCAUUAACAACCGGCAACUUCAUCAUCAAGGCAUUAUGGCUACCAGGAUCACAAACAGAACUGGCAAUAGUUACAGCUGAUUUUGUCAAGAUAUAUGAUUUAGGAUUAGAUGCCAUCAGUCCACAAUAUUACUUUCUGUUACCAAGUGGUAAAGUUCGUGAUGCAUCGUUUAUAUUCUCUGAAGAAGGGAGGUAUAUGGUUUUGAUGUCCUCUUCUGGAUAUAUCUAUACUCAGAUUAUGGAGGAUGCAAGCAGUGCUGUACAUGGACCAUUCUACAUCACUAAUGUAUUGGAGGUCAAACACCCAGAUUUGAAGGAAGUUGUAUCAGGGCAAGUAGCAGGAGGUGGAGUAUCUGUUUAUUAUUCUCAUGGUCUACAGUUACUCUUCUUUAGUUAUACACAGGGUAAAAGUUUUGUUGGACCGGUAGCUAAAGAUUUCAGUCAAGUUGUCAACCUGACUGCCAUUCCAUUUAAAAGUUCAAAUGGUGGAGGAAAGGGAGGUAACAAUCAUCAACCAUUAGUUCAAUGGUCAGAAGUACCUGGACAUACAGGACUACUCUAUUGUAUGGCCCAGACUUCCAACAAUCCAGUAGUCUUGAUGAUCAAGCCUGAUGCUAUCUCCAUGCAAGAGAUUAAAGUCAUCAAUUCCAAAACAAAGAUCCAAGAUGUAGUGGCUAUUCGCCACAUCGCCUCUAACUCAGACCAACAAAGAACAACCAUGAUACUGCUAUGUGAAGAUGGAAGUUUAAGAAUUUACAUGGCAAAUGUUGACAACACUAACUUUUGGCUAUCACCAUAUCUUCAACCACAGAGUCCUAUAGCUAUACUGAAACCAGUAAAGAAGAAGAAGGCUAUUAAAGCUGGUCGACCUACUGGCAAUGUUAACUUCCCUGUUGAUUUCUUUGAACAUUGUCAACAGACCAAUGACGUAGAGUUUGGAGGAAAUGACGUCCUACAAAUCUACAAUGUACAACAGAUCAAGAACAGACUGAACACAACAGGAAUGUACAUAGCCAGUACCAAACCUGCUGGUUUUAAUAUAGAAGUUAAUAACACCAAUAACGCCAAUGUGAUGGUUGGAAUUCGAGUCCUGGUUGGCACUCAAACAGUUGAGAGAUCUCCUUCCUUUAUUGAAAUCUUUGGACGUAAUGUUCAGGUGACGUCCACAAGACCAAGAUGGUAUGAUUUACCUUUCACCAGAGAAGAAUCUCUCACAGCUGACAAGAAGAUUACUAUCACCUUUGGAGCCAGUUCAGAUCUGGUAGGAUUCACCAUGGUGGACUCCAUCAAGGUCUACAUAAAGACUAAAGAGGCGUUUGGGUGGCCAGAAGAACCAGAUGACUUCCCUGAAACUACCACCACCAGUAAGACUCCUAGUACAGCCAUCACUGUAGCUAAUACUGCUGCUGAUAGUCUACCCACAGAACCUCUACCAAUGACCACAGCUGACAAGCUUUUGGGCAGUGCAUUAGAAGUACUGGAUGGAGCUUUUGCCACAAGCAAAACACCAGAAGAAAAGGAUCAAAGCAGAGAGAAAGCAUUAGAGGUAGCAACUAGACUCCUGACUUUACCCACACCAAAUACUGUACAACAACAUACUAAAUCAUUACUAGCUUCCUUGUUCUCUACCAAACACAACUACCAUAAUCACAAGGAUCAAGCUCAACUGGUUCAUGUAAUGAAGAAAAUAUCCUCAGAAGGCAGUGAUAUGGAUGUAGAGUCAUUCCAAAGAUUGGUGAUCACAGCUCAGUCAGUAGCUGUUGCCAGGCCUGGUAAUCUUAUCAAAUUUGCUGAGAAAGGAGAUCAGCUGGAUAAAGACAGUUUAGAAGUAACUGAUCUAGAAAAUGAACGAGAAGAAAAACUAGGACAGGUUCUAAAUAUAGAACAAACUGAGAAGCAUCAUUUUACAUCCAGAUUAGUGGAAGCCUUCUGGAAACUCCAUGCUGCUAAACCAUCCAAUCCCAUGUUAGCUCCUGUCUGUCUACCAGGUAGGUGGCAAGAACACUUUGACUCCUUUACAUAUUACGAGCACAAAAGAUGGUGUUUCAAUAAGUUUAAGGAAGCUGCUGAUGCUGCUACUAAACCUUCUAAUCCUAUGUUAGCUCCUGUUUGUUUACCAGGACUAGCUCAUGUUGAUGCUACAGUUGGAGCUCUGGUGAAGAUUAUCCAUGCUUUUACCAUGUGUGAUUUGGACUGCCUCAACCUAGCCACCAAACAUUAUGUCAAACUUCUACUUUCUACUGACCCAGUAGUAAGUUUUGCUUGUCGACAAGCAAUGAUUAAUGUAUUGAGACCUAGACAUCGUAGAAGAAGAGUGUUUAUACCUUCACCACCAAGAUGUAGCUCUCCAGGAGAUGGAGGAGAUGAUGAUGAUGACGAUGAUGAUAAUCCAGAUAGUAGUAUAGCUCCUCCUACAAUCCAAGCUCCUGAUACACCAGUAAUAACUGAACAACCAGAAUUAGGACAAGUUGAGGCCCCUGAAACUGAUCAAGAAUCAGACGACAUGUAUGAAGUUGUGGGUAAUGUUGAUGAAGUACAGGGAGAAGUGAAUGAGAAUGGAGCCCAUGGUAAUGCUAUGCCUGUGGGUGGGUAUGAUGGACUGUGGGGUAUGGAUGGGAACUAUGCUCCAAUGGUGGAAAUUCCCCCUGAUGCUGAUGAUGAAGCUAUGGUAGAGCUGGCUAUUGCUCUGAGUCUUCAGGAUCAGUCUGGUAAUGCUCCUGGUCAGCUCAAUCUUCAAGCUUUGAGCCUGGACAGCCAAGGACAGAGUAUCUCAUCCAUGGAGUUGGAAGAAGGACCCCUCUCUGAUACGACAGCUAGUGCUCCAGGCAGUGAUGAUGAGAUAGGCUCCAAUGCUGCUACAGAUGGCUCUAAUCUGAGGACCUCACCAGCCGAUCAUGGUGGUAGUGUUGGCUCUGAGAGUGGUGUAAGUGGAAGAAGCAGUGCCUAUGGAUAUAACACUCAUGCCACAGGAGCUCGAAGUGAAACCAGCAGUGUAGGAGCUCCCAGUGGCUCCAUACAUCAUGAUGCUGACCUUUCUGAAGCUGAUACUGAUUAUGAUACCAACUGCAGAUUACAUGCAUUACGUCUACAGUUACUAGAAAGACUUCUGCUGUAUUUACCAGACAUCAGAGAAGUUGGUGGUGUUAGAGCUAUACCAUUUAUGCAGGUUGUGCUGAUGCUGACUUGUGAUCUGGAUAGUGAAGAUGAUAAGGACAAAGCAGCACUGGAUAAUCUACUCAUUGUUAUUCUUGCUGAACUAGACUUGAACAAACCAGUGGUUGAGGAGUCGGUAUCAUCAAGAUGUGAAAGAAAUGAAGUCAAACUGAUCUUACUGAGGUUCCUUAGUGUAUUAUUAUCACGAACCCGAGCUGGUACCAAACCUCCAGUAGAAGCCUCCUCCUUCACCAGUAACUGUACUGGUACUGCCUUGAUUUCUAGUGGAGCUAUAGAGUACUGUAUGAACAUCCUUACAAAACUCUUGCCAUUCUGGAAGACCAAUUCCAUACUUGAGGAGGAAGCAGCUGCAGCUCCAGGUCAACUGUUGAAGCCUCAUCCAUGUUGUCCCCCACCAGAUAUGUCCCCUUUCUUCCUUCGCCAGUAUGUUAAAGGGCAUGCUAAUGAUGUUUUUGAAGACUACCCUCAGUUGUUGACAGAAAUGGUUCUAAGACUACCAUACCAGUUGAAGAAGAUAUCUGAUUCAGUUCAGAAUGUACCCAAUGCUUCUUUUGAUCCUUCUUGGAAUACAGUUCUAUCUGAGUACAUGAUGACGAACCAAACACCAUUUGUAAAGAGACAAGUUAGAAAGCUAUUGCUGUUUAUCUGUGGCUCAAAAGACAAAUACAGACAGCUGAGAGACCAGCAUGCUAUUGGAUCACAUCUGAAAUCAGUGAGAGAGAUCUGUGAGACCCAGGGGGGUCUGGAUAUAUCAACUGAGAUUCUACCCAGGAGCAUUAUUCUACCCUAUGAUACUCUCCUUACUCUGAUUGAACAUCUUCGUAAAGUGUGUACAGAGAUAGCUAGUAACAGAGCUUAUAAUUGGCAGAUAUACUGUGAGAAGGAGCCAGAUACCCUAGCUUUCCUAGUAAAAGCUAGUAUCGCACUAGAUGAAGGAGUUGCCCCUACCCUCCUGCAACUACUACAAAUAGCUCUAUGUGGAUGUAAAGCUAGUCAAGUGAACCCCUCUAUUGUGACCUCCAGUAGCUCUACAGGAUCACCUGUCAAACAUAAAUCUAAAGAAAGUAAAGACAAACAAGAAGAUAAUGAAGAGAUAGCUAAAUAUGAUGAAGCCCUAUGUAUAACAUUGGUAAAAAUAUUAAACAAGGUUUUGGAUAAAGAACUAUUUGUGAAGUUCGUCAGGACAUUCUUAUUGGAGUCAAACCAAAGCAGUAAUAGAUGGUUGGCUCAUAGCCUGGUUCUACAACUGUAUAGAAACUCGACCCUGACUGAACAAGAGACCAUGUUAGAUCUCAUGUGGAGUUUAUGGUGUGAGCUGCCAAUCUAUGGGAGAAAAGCUGCUCAAUUUGUUGACCUGCUGGGAUACUUCAUCCUUAAAACUCCAGAAAUACCUGAGACCAAGGUACAAGAAUAUUUGAAGAAAGCUACAGCUGUGUUGAAAGAUGAAAAUCAGAUCCUAACUAACCAUCCUAAUGCUCCUAUCUACAAUAUGUUACAAGGUUUGGUAGAUUUUGAUGGAUAUUAUCUAGAAAGUGAUCCCUGUUUGGUUUGUAACAAUCCUGAAGUACCUUAUUCUAGUUUGAAACUGUCAGCUAUAAAAGUAGAUUCAAAGUUUACAACCACAACUCAGAUAGUGAAACUUGUUGGUAGUCACACGAUAUCUAAAAUAUCUCUACGUAUCAGUGACUUGAAACGAACCAAAAUGGUUAGAGUAUUGAAUAUAUAUUAUAACAACAGAACAGUACAAGCUGUCGUAGAGCUGAAAAACAGACCAGGAUUAUGGCACAAGGCAAGAAAAGUGAAUUUGACAACAGGACAGACUGAUGUAAAAGUUGAAUUCCCAAUUCCAAUAGUUGCCUGCAACUUGAUGAUAGAAUAUGCCGAUUUCUACGAUAAUCUACAAGCCACAUCUGAAACUCUGCAAUGCCCACGAUGUAGCGCCUCGGUUCCUGCUAAUCCUGGAGUCUGCAGCAAUUGUGGAGAAAACGUCUACCAAUGCCAUAAAUGCAGAGCUAUUAACUAUGACGAGAAAGAUCCAUUCCUGUGUAAUGCCUGUGGUUUCUGUAAAUAUGCCAAGUUUGAUUUUACCCUGACAGCCAAACCAUGCUGUGCUGUCGACCCCAUAGAGAAUGAAGAGGACCGGAAAAAGGCUAUAACAACUAUCAACACCCUACUAGAGAAAGCUGAUAGAAUAUAUAAACAACUCCAGUCACAUCGACCAGUUCUAGAGAAUCUACUCAUACAGGUUACAGAACAUGGCUGUGAGAGACUUAAUGAUGAUGGUGGAAGCCCAGGAACAGGAGCAAGUGCUGGUGUCCCUGUCAGUAACGUCAACAAAGCUAUCCAACUCCUAGCCCAGAAAUACUGUGGUGAAUGUAAAUCAUCCUUUGAUGACCUCAGUAAGAUCAUACAGAAAGUAAUGGCCUGCCGCAGAGAGCUGGUAGAGUAUGACAGACAACAACGUGAGGCUGUAGCUAGCAAAGGACAAGCUCCUGGUACAUCCUUAGGCAAAGCAAAAGAAGCUUCGUGUUCAAUUGUACCAAAGAAGAUUUUGAAAGAAGAAGGACCCAGAUCUUCCAAUUGUUAUGGAUGUGCCAACUCUGCAGUUGAACAUUGUAUCACUCUAUUGAGAGCUCUGGUAACCAAUGGUAACAUGAGACAGAUAUUGUGUAGUCAGGGUAUGAUAAACCAACUAAUAGACUUUAAUCUCCGUCAUGGAGCUCUACCAGUUCGUAAUGAAGUCAGAUCACUGUUGUGUCUUCUCACCAAGGAUGACAGACGAGGAACAGAAGAGAUGAAUAAACUCAUCAUGAAUAGAAUUAAAGCUGCUAUUAGAGGACAUCAGUCUAAUCCUGAUUUGGGAUCCUCAGUCCGUCAUGAGAUAUUACUGCUACAAACAUCUCUACAACAAGAUGACUCCUGCUGGGAACAACGAGUAAGAUGUGUAAUGAGGUUGUUCCUGAUUGGAAUGCAGCUGUAUACACCAAUCAUCAUGGACAAUAUCACUCUACCUUGUCUACGUAUCUUACAGUCGCUAGUGAAGAAUGAGGCUUCUGCCGCUAGAGUCAAGGAAUCAACACCAGAUGCUGCAGCAGGAGAUAUUCUGCAACCAGCCAAAUUUCACAUGGAUGUUAGAAAAUGGCUAUCUGGAGAUUCAAGAUAUUCAUAUCAAAACUUCAAGAAGAGAUUGCCAAGAAAAGUGACUCCAGAAGAAGAAAAGAAACUGGAGGAAAAGAAAGAAAUCAGAGCCAGAUAUUUGAUGGAGAAAUACGCUACAAGAUGGAGAUCGAAGAUGUGGAAGACACCAGCCAUCCCUCUACGCUUGACCCAGUCGACUUGGCUCCAGCAGGCGAUGUUCUCACCUAGUUCAAGAUCAGCUCGACAGACUGCUUGUAGUAUUAUUGAGGCCAUUGCUCAAGUACCCAGCCGUAGAAAAGAGGUCAUUGACAUGCUGACCAGAUGUUUAGAUGAUGUGGGAAAGAGUGGAGAGAGUGCCUGUGAAUUCCUGACUCUGUAUAAGAAGCUGAUAGCUCCUGAUCAUUGGAAGUAUUACUUAGCUAUCAAAGGAGUGCUGCUUCAUCUGGGAGAUCUGGUCUCAACUGAGGUUGAAAAGAUACUACAGUUAGAAGAAACAACACUCAGUUCUGAUCUGGCUCAAGGCUUUGCUCUCAAGUCACUAACAGAAUUGAUGUCCUUGUUUGUGGAACAAGACAGUAUUAAGCAUCAUUAUAAGAAUAAGAUGGUUGGAUUUAUACUGAAUGGGUAUUUGUCCCUACGAAAACUGGUAGUUCAGAGAACUAAACUAAUAGAUGAAACACAGGAGAAACUGCUUGAACUUCUGGAAGAAUUAACCACAGGUACUGAAUCAGAGACUAAAGAGUUUAUGUCAGUGUGUGUGAAGACUGUAGAGAAAUAUCCACUAGAAGAUAACAGAUCACCUGUCUUUAUCUUUGAAAGAUUAUGUAGCAUUAUUUAUCCAGAAGAGAAUGAUGUUGGUGAAUUCUUCCUGAUCUUGGAGAAAGAUCCCCAACAGGAAGAUUUCUUACAAGGCAGGAUGUUAGGUAACCCUUACAGUAAUAAUGAACCUGGUAUGGGACCUCUGAUGAGGGACAUCAAAAACAAGAUUUGUCAAGAUUGUGAACUGAUUGCUCUACUGGAUGAUGACACUGGAAUGGAGUUACUAGUGAAUAAGAAGAUUAUUAGUCUAGAUUUACCAGUAAAGGAAGUCUACAAGAAGAUUUGGAUCCCUGAACAUGGAGAGGUGGAGCCUAUGCCUAUUAUUUACCGUAUGAGAGGAUUACUUGGAGAUGCUACGGAAGAUAUGGUCAACUCUUUGGUCUCUAGCUCUGAAGAAGAUAUUGAUAAAGAAGAAGUUUAUAAGAUGGCCAAUGUUUUAGCUGAAUGUGGUGGAUUGAAAGUCAUGCUUCAAAGAAUGGCAUCUAUAAAAGAUCUAGUUUUAGGUAAACAGCUGAUGGAUGUUCUACUCAAACUAUUUAACUAUGCUGUCAAUGUCAAGGUCAAUAGACAAGAGUUAAUCAAACCAGAACUGGAUGCUAUUAACAUCAUGCUGGGAGCUUUGAACUUGGCCCUGUGGUCAGAACAAGAAGGAUCAUCUGCUGCUACCAAAGGGCAGACAACUACUGAACAGAUCUUACACAUCAUGGAGGUUAUCCUGAUAGAGGCUAGCCAACAGUCUCCUGAGCAAUAUACU